ACCACUGUCCUAUCACAUCUUUUUCAAGUUGCCUUCUGCAGAAUCUGAACUUCAUUCCCUUCAUAUCUUCAAUUUCUUAAUCAUAUGGUUUCCCUUCUCAUGUUAUAAAAUAUUUUCAUAACAAGCACUGGAAAAAAGUAAAGAAUGAUGAAAAUGCGUCAGUUUGAUGUUAAACUGGUCGUAUAUUUUCUUCUUUUCAUGGCUUCAGGCUACUGCAUGGACAACGAUGAUGCUUCUAUUCAACUAAACGAUGAUGUUUUAGGCCUCAUUGUUUUCAAGUCAGAGCUUAAAGACCCUUCUGCGUUUCUUGAAUCUUGGAAUGAAGAUGAUAACUCUCCAUGUUCAUGGCGAUUCAUACAGUGCAAUCCAUUAAAUGGCCGUGUGUCUCAAGUUUCUCUUGAUAGCUUGGGAUUAUCAGGAAAAAUCGGAAGAGGGCUUCAAAAAUUGCAGCAUUUGAAGGUACUUUCACUUUCGCAUAACAAUUUUAGUGGCAAUAUCAGUCCUGAACUUGGCCUCAUCAGUAGCCUCGAAAGACUUAAUUUGAGCUUCAAUAGUCUCUCAGGCCUUAUUCCUUCAACGCUUGUGAAUUCCACUUCAAUAAAGUUCUUAGAUCUUUCUGAGAACUCUCUCUCAGGUCCACUUCCUGACGAUCUAUUUGCUGAAUGUUUAUCACUGCGUUAUCUUUCUUUGGCUGGUAAUAAUCUCGAAGGACCACUUUCUAGUAGUCUCUCUAGAUGUUCAUCGUUAAACACUCUCAAUCUUUCAGCCAAUCAUUUCUCCGGUGAACCGGAUUUCGCUUCACGGAUAUGGUCAUUAAAAAGGCUCAGGACUUUGGAUCUUUCCAACAAUGCCUUUUCAGGCUCAAUUCCUGAAGGAGUGCUGAUUCUUCAUAACCUGAAAGAGUUACAACUGAAGGGUAAUAAGUUUUCAGGACCUCUACCAAAAGAUAUUGGAUUCUGCCCGCAUUUGAACAGGUUGGAUUUGAGCAAUAAUCUUUUAAUUGGAGAAUUGCCAGAGUCUUUUGGGAUGCUGAAUGCUUUGAGCUUUAUCAAUGUAUCAAGUAAUAUGUUGAGAGGGGAUUUACCUCAGUGGAUUGGUAAUAUAAGUUCUCUGGAAUUUGUUGAUUUCUCCAACAAUGGUUUGACAGGAAGCCUCCCUUCUUCAAUGGCUAACUUGAAGUCACUUAAAUACUUGAGUUUGUCUAAUAAUAAGUUAACAGGAAAAAUUUCAAGCUCAUUUGCUGAAUGUACAAAGUUAUCAGUGAUUAGUUUGAGGGGAAAUAGCUUUAAUGGUAGCAUGCCGGAGGGUUUGUUUAAUUUGGGAUUGGAAGUGGUAGAUUUUUCAGAAAAUGAACUGAUGGGUACCAUACCACCUGGAUCAAGUAAACUCUUCGAAUCUUUACAGAUACUUGAUUUGUCAAGUAAUAAUCUUGCUGGAAGUAUUCCUGCAGAAAUGGGUCUUUUUGCUAAUUUGAGAUACUUGAAUUUAUCAUGGAAUCAUCUUCACUCAAGGAUACCCCCAGAGCUUGGAUACUUUCAGAACCUGACGGAGUUAGACCUUCGAAACAAUGACUUGUAUGGUUCAAUUCCUGAAGAUAUAUGUGAAUCUGCAAGUUUAGGAAUUCUUCAGUUGGAUGGCAAUUCAUUGGCAGGUCCAAUUCCUGAAGAGAUUGGAAAUUGCUCAUCCCUCUAUUUGUUGAGCUUUUCACACAAUAACUUAAGUGGGUCUAUCCCAAAAUCCAUUUCAAAAUUGAAUAAGCUGAAGAUUCUGAAGUUGGAGUUUAAUGAGCUAAGCGGAGAGAUACCACAAGAGUUAGGAAAAUUGGAAAAUCUUCUGGCUGUAAAUGUGUCAUAUAACAGACUCAUAGGAAGGCUUCCUGUUGCUGGUGUAUUUCCGACCUUGGAUCAAAGUGCAUUGCAGGGAAAUUUAGGCCUCUGCUCUCCAUUGCUAAAGGGACCUUGUAAAAUGAAUGUUCCAAAGCCUCUUGUUCUGAACCCAAAUGAAUAUACUGAUCAAACUGAUGGUCAUAGGCCAAGAACUGAAUCCUCAAAUCAGAAAUCGGGUCGGCAUAUGUUCCUUACUGUUUCUGCAAUUGUUGCGAUUUCAGCAGCUGCUAUAAUUGCAUUUGGAGUGGUAGUAAUUAGUCUCUUAAAUGUAUCAGCCAGAAGGAAACUUGCCUUUGUUGAUACUGCCCUGGAAAGCAUGUGCUCAAGCUCUUCAAAGUCCGGUAGUAUUUCUGCCGGUAAGCUUGUUUUGUUCGAUACAAGAUCAUCACCGGAUUGGAUCAUCAGCAACCCUGAAGCCAUCCUGAAAAAGGCAGCAGAGAUUGGAGAAGGAGUCUUCGGUACUGUAUACAGGAUCCCAUUGGGCACACAAGGAAGAAUAGUAGCAAUCAAAAAGCUUGUUACACCAAACAUAAUUCAACAUCCUGAAGACUUCGAACGAGAGGUUCGAGUACUGGGAAAAGCAAGGCACCCGAAUUUGAUAUCCCUGGAAGGCUACUAUUGGACACCUCAAUUACAACUUCUAGUCUCAGACUAUGCACCAAAUGGUAGCUUGCAAGCCAAGCUUCAUGAAAGGCUCCCUUCAACUCCACCUCUUUCUUGGGCGGACAGAUUCAAAGUAAUACUUGGAACAGCUAAAGGACUUGCUCAUCUGCAUCACUCUUUCCGUCCGCCUAUAAUUCACUACAACAUCAAACCCAGCAAUAUCUUGCUAGAUGAUAACCUCAACCCCAAGAUUUCAGACUUUGGCCUGGCGAGAUUGUUGACAAAGUUGGAUAAACAUGUGAUGAGCAAUAGGUUUCAGAGUGCAGUAGGGUAUGUUGCACCAGAAUUGACAUGCCAGAGCCUGAGAGUGAAUGAGAAAUGUGACGUUUAUGGAUUUGGGGUGCUGAUACUUGAGGUGGUGACAGGGAGGAGAGCGGUUGAAUAUGGAGAGGACAAUGUGGUGAUAUUAAGUGACCAUGUGAGAGUAAUGUUAGAGCAAGGGAAUGCAUCUGAAUGUGUGGAUUCAGGCAUGGGAGAGUAUCCAGAAGAUGAGGUAUUGCCGGUGCUCAAAUUAGCCCUGGUUUGCACUUCUCAAGUGCCUUCAAGCAGGCCUUCCAUGGAUGAAAUCCUACAAAUUUUGCAAGUCAUCAAGACCGCACUACCUGAAAGAAUGGAAAUGUUCUGAGGACUUAUUUCUUAAUUUGAUUUGUUGAAAUUAUCUUUAUUUUUGUUCAGUUUGAUGUGUUGUACUCUACUUCGCAGUAUAUUUAAACUUUGAUGGAAUCGACAGUUUGUUUUUCAAAAAAUUUUUAUUGCACAACUUUAGAAAUGCUCGAGAAAUCUUAUAAAGAGCAACGAGACUAUGUAAUUCAAUUAAUAUGAAGCAUUAAUUUA